AUGCUGGCUUCAGUGGGUGUCCGGCUGUCAGCAGCCUCCAGAGGGAAGGUCAGUCUGGUGUCUGUGAGCAGGAGACUCUGCACCAAACACCCCGAAACCCAGGCUUCUCUCCCGGAUCCUCUCCCGGACAGCGAGCCACCGGAGCAGCGGAGACCCAAGAAGGACCCCGCCGAGUGCUCCGUGCUCCUCUUCCCCGGCCAGGGCAGCCAGUUUGUGGGCAUGGGUAGAGGACUCCUGCAGUACCCUAACGUUAAGGAAAUGUUCACGGUGGCCCAGAAGAUCCUCGGGUACGACCUGCUGUCUCUGUGCCUGCACGGCCCCAAGGAGGAGCUGCAGAGGACGGUGCACUGUCAGCCCGCCGUGUUCGUCACCUCGCUGGCUGCGGUGGAGAGGCUCAACCACGAGAACCCCAAGGCCAUUGAGAUGUGUGUCGCUGCUGCAGGUUUUAGUGUUGGAGAAUUUGCUGCUCUGGUUUUUUCUGGAGCCAUGAACUUUGCAGAAGCUCUGUAUGUGGUGAAGGUUCGUGCAGAGGCCAUGCAGAGAGCAUCAGAGCUGGUUCCCAGUGGGAUGCUGUCCGUUGUUGGUAGACCUCAGGCUCAGUAUAAACACUCCUGUCUGCAGGCUAAAGAGCACUGCAAGAGCCUGGGGAUCGAGGAGCCCGUCUGCUCUGUGGCCAACUACCUGUUCCCCGAUGGCAGGGUCAUCGCAGGGCACCAGCAGGCUCUGGAUUUCCUGCAGCAAAACUCUCGACAUCUCCAGUUCGUGAGGACCAAACCCCUCCCGGUCAGCGGGGCCUUCCACACGGAGCUGAUGGAGUCGGCUACUGAACCGCUCAGAGAGGUGCUCAGACAGGUGGAGGUCCGUCGUCCCGACAUCAACGUGUACUCUAACGUGGACGGAAAGCGCUACAUGAGCAAGCAACACGUGCGCCGGCAGCUGGUGACGCAGGUGGUGUCGCCGGUGAAGUGGGAGCAAACGCUGCACGAGAUCUACGAGAGGACGCACGGAAGAAAGUUCCCUUACACCUACGAGGUCGGCCCGGGAAAUCAGCUCGGUGCCACACUACAGAGGUGUAACAUGAAGGCCUUCAAAACGUAUGAACAUGUGGACGUCACCAUUCAUGAAGAAGACUAAAUAUGAAGAGGUGUGCAGGUCAAAAAAUGUGCGCGUGUGUGUGGACACCAACAGAAAGACCUGUAAGCUCCUGUGGUUUCUUCGUAUGGUCUUGUAAGUGUAUUAUCAUUAUGUAAUUAAAUAUUUUUUAUUAUUGAAA